AUGAGUUUAGACGCCAAAAUAGUACUUCUAGGCUCACAAGGUGUGGGAAAGACGUCAUUCGUAGUACGAUACGUACGAAACACAUUUCAGCAAGGAAAUGCGUCAACUAUUGGGGCCUCAUUUCUUGCAAAAAAGGUAAUGAUUGAUGAUUACGUUGUAAGACUACAAAUUUGGGAUACAGCUGGCCAGGAAAGAUUCAGAUCUAUGGCACCUAUGUACUACAGAUCAGCUACCUGUGGUAUCUUAUGUUACGAUAUUACUUCCGAGGCCUCUUUUAAAGCCAUGCAUUCAUGGCUAUUAGAGCUGAAAGAGAAUGUCGAUUCUGGACUCAUGAUUCAUAUCGUAGGAACAAAACUGGAUCUAGUCAAUGCAGACCCGUCUAAACGAGAAGUCCCAUUUGAAACAUGUGUUGCAUAUGCAUCGAAAUAUCUCAGCAGUGGUGGUGAAGAUGGAUUCGACGGAUCCGAAGCAUGUCACGAAAUCAGUGCAAAAGAUGACGAGGGUGUGGAAGAGGUUUUCGAAGUGAUUACAAGGAAACUCAUUGAAAAGAGACGCAUGAUUGAAGACAACUACCAAGAGCAGCAGGCCCGUCGACAAACUAUCUAUGUGCACAAUGACGAGCCUGAAGUCAAGUCAGGAUGCUGCUAG